GGCCUGCGCAGAGCCUCUUGGGAGCCGUGGUUCGACGGCGUCCUACGCCUGCUUUCCUUGGGGCGGAGGAACAACAAUUAUCAGCGCGACCAGGAGGCAGCCUGGACAGAAGAGCGGUGGUUGCACCUUUGACCAAGGUUCGGGCUUGAGCUUGGAAAAUGCUACUGGCGCCCCAGGAAAGGCCCACCCCAAAGAAGAGGAUGAGGCUGAGUCGCUGGAAACUGUUCACAAGGAAGCCGAGUCCCAAGCCUGCUGUUGGUCCUGACAGUGUGGAGCACUGGAUAAAGAGAGUGGAGAAGGCCUCAGAAUUUGCAGUGUCAAAUGCAUUUUUUACUAGAAAUUCUGAUUUACUCAGAAGUCCCUGGGGCCAAAUCACAGAUUUAGAAACAUCUGAGCAAAUAGAGGAUCACGAUGAAAUCUAUGCAGAAGCUCAAGAGCUGGUCAAUGACUGGUUAGACACCAAACUUAAGCAAGAAUUAGCAAGUGAUGAAGAAGGCAAUGCUAAAAACACUGUGUCCAGUGUCACUCUUAUGCCGGAAGCCAAUGGCCAUUUGAAGUAUGACAAGUUUGAUGAUCUAUGUGGCUAUUUGGAGGAGGAAGAGGAAAGUACCACCGUUCAAAAAUUUAUAAACCAUCUGCUCCAUAAAAAUGUGGUAGAUUCUGCAAUGAUGGAAGAUCUUGGAAGGAAGGAAAACCAAGACAAGAAGCAGCAGAAGGAUCCUCGUCUUACCAUGGAGAUGAGACAUAAGCAGGUAAAAGAAAAUCGCUUAAGACGUGAGAAGGAACUAGAGUGCCAGAGAAUAGAAAAGGCCCUGAAAAAAUCGGCCUUCUUGGAGGCUCAGUGUCUGGUGCAAGAAGAGAAGAAAAGGAAGGCUCUGGAGGCCAAGAAAGAGGAAGAGGAGAUCCAAAAGGAGAUGGUGAAGCUUCGGAGGGAAAUAAUUGAGAGGAGACGCACUGUGAAAGAAGCAUGGAAAAUAGAGAAGAAAAGACAAGAAGAGAAUUCUCAAAAUAGUUCAGAAAAAGUCGUGUUUCAAAAUACUCACAUUCUUCUGGAUGAGGAAAAAAUGGCAAAAGAAAGAAAAAGGAAAUUGAAAGAAUUAUUAAUCCAGAUUUUCAAGGAAAAUCAACAGUGUCAAAAACGGUAUUUCUCUGCCUGGCACAAGCUGAUUCUUGAUGAUAGGAUUAAGCUAGGGAAAGCUGGGACCCUGUCUGACUGGAAGAUUAAUCUGAAGAUCCUGCGGGCCUGGAGAGACUACACAAGAUCCCAGAAGUUGGAGCGGGAGACUCAAGCCUUGGAAAAUGAUCUUAGGGAAGAAAACAGAAAACAACAACUGGCCACUGAGUAUAACCGGAAACGAGUUCUCCGACACUGCUUUACAGAAUGGCAGCAUUGGCAUGGUGCCGAGCUCCUAAAGAGAGAGCUCGCUCUCACAAAAGAGGAAACCAGGAAGAAGAUGGAUGCACUGCUGAAGGCAGCAUCACUGGGGAAACUCCGCGCCAGUGGGUCAUCAGGCAUCAGUUUACCCAAGGAGGCAACAGCCGUGGUGGGCCCACCAGUAAGAAAUGGACAGGUGACUGCUGUGCCCCCUUUGUGGGAAGAGUCUCCCUUGGAAAGCAGUGGUUGUAUGAUCAGUCCUCCCCUAGGAAGAACAACAACAGGCAACUUGCAGGGUCCCCUUCAGAAUGUCCCUCUGAGUGCACCUGGCAAUAAGCAGCACAAGACCCUGGGUGCUAAACCCUCUCGACAGCCUGGCAGCAACGAGAAGCCUGGAACCACCAGCCAGAAAGCAGAACGGGAUUGCUUAGGUCAUGUCCACAGCUGCCAUGUCUUCCAGCAACAGCUGAUUGAGAAGCAAAAGAAGAAACUUCAGGAACAGCGGAAAACAAUUCUCGAGCUGAAGAAAAAACAGCAGCUGGCAGAAGCUCGGUGGGCAGCAGAGCACACCUCAGCAGUCACAGAUGCACAGAGCCGCCUGCUGUCAAAGCCCAGAGGAGAAAAGGAACCAGCAACCUGCAAGAUGCUUGUGAAUUCACCUGUUGCUUCCCCUGGGGCUGAAGGCAGUAGAAGUGACUCCUGGAAUUCUCUUUCUGGACCCAAAGAGAAACCAAAGCAAUUGAUGACACCACAUCCCAUACUGAAAGCUAUGGAAGAGAGAGCGACUCAACGAGCUGAACGUAGGCGGAUCUUGGCAGAGAAGAAGAAAAAACAAGAAGAAGAAAAAUUGGCCCAGUUAAAGGCCCAAGAAGAGGAACGUCAGAAAAGGGAGGCAGAAGAAAAGGAGGCACAGCUUGAAAGAAAACGAGAAGAGAAGAGACUGAAGAAGAUGAAAGAACUAGAGAAGCAGAAGAGAAUUAAGAGGAACCAGCAGCUGGAAGCAAUAGCCAAAGAACAUUAUAAAGGGGUCUUGCUAAGGAAAAAAGGUCUAGAGCCUUGGAAGAGAUUGAGAAUGCAAAGCAAACAAAACCUCCAGGUGGCAGAAGAACAUUACUCUUUGUUCCUACAGAGGAAAUAUCUGCUGACCUGGUUCCAGUGUAGUCAGGAAAGUCUGGCUAGAAAGAUGGCCCAGGCUGAUCAAUUUUAUUCCCAAAUACUGCUUAGGAGAGUCAUCUGGAGCUGGCUAGAGUACCUGAUUGAUCUGCAGGAAGAAGUAAGAAAAUUUUAUGUACAUUUUCUUCAGAAGAAGAUUUUCAGGGCCUGGUUUAACAUGGUCAGGGAGGUGAUGAUCGAUUCUCAGGGCAAGCAUGAGAUUGCAGCAGAGCACAGUGACAGGAGAAUCCUCUGGAUCACAUUUCAGACAUGGAAGAAGUUUGUAAAAUUUAUGGAAGAAGAAAGAGUAAAAGAAGAAAGGCGACAGCAACUUCGUAGGAAGGUAGCUGAAAUCCUUCCAGACUUCCAGGCACCUGGACGUGACUUUGAGCUGUACCAGCAAUCAGAUACUUGGUCCUUGAAUAAGACAAGUCUUUGGUGAACCAAUGAACCACAUUAGUGUAAUACUCAGGACAGGAACCUCAACUGGUCUGUAAUGUGUGUCUUAAUCUCCACCCACCCACCCACAUACAUACACCUGGUUUAUUCUCUGAGCUACCUCUUAGAUCAAAGGAAUUAUUUUGAGAAUUUUUAUCCCCUUCUUUGACUUUUCCUGGACUGCUAGUCAUUCACUAUAGCAUUUAUCACAGUGGGAUCAUCCAAAGGAACAUUCUAGAGGUCCUCUGUUCAAAUAUAUCCUAUAUAUUUUUAGCAUAGUAAACUUUAAAAAGGACAAGUGUUUGCCUGCCUGAGUCUGUGAAGACAAAUGUGUCCAUAUAGCUCAAGAUGAGUUGCUGAUAAAUGUGACCUUAAUUAAAUAUGAAUAAAAAGUAGUGAAUACUUAGAAAAGGAAAGAUCAAGGUAGUCAAUCUUCUGGUACAUUAGCAUCAGCUACAGGCACCCUGCCAGACCUUGUCCAUUUUAACCACCCCCAAUGGCAGAUCAUGUAUCAAGAGGUUAUCUACACAGCUGCUGCAGAGGAUAGUAGCUUAUCCUGACUUCAGAGAAACUGAGGCACCAGAGAUACUUCUCUUCAGUGCACCUUGAUAAGCAUGAAGGAAAUUCCAAAAGAUAAUAAAUCUAUCAUAACAGUCCAGCAAUUCAUUAAAUCAUCUGUUCACAUUCCCAACUGCAACUGAAUAAUAUACUCAAUUUGUCUUCUAGUACUCAGCUCAGUUUGAUCUAGAUAUUGAGAUGCCUACCUUGAAUUCAAAGAAUGUUUUCAUCUUUAAGGUGCUUUGAAGACUGAUAAAAUGCUCUCUUCUAUGAAUUGUCUUAGAGAAUUACCUGCUGGGAAAAUAAUUUUUCAUUUUAAAAUACAUGUUUAACAAAUUCAAGUAGUCCAUAAAUGCAUAUGGUAAAAUGAGAAGAAGUCCUGAGGUGACUACUGUUAGUGGUGUACUGAAAAUCUGAGUCGGCAAAAUAAAACUGUGGUUUUUUUAAGUGA